AUGGCAAUGCAAUUCGUCGGAAAAUAUUUACUCUAUUUAACUUUAUUCCGUACUAUUGUUGGAUCUGCUCAAAUCGUUCUUCAUUUAACUGAUUGGGUAAGUGAUAUGAAAACAUCUCCUGAACUCGAGCAUGAUUGCAUAUACAUAACUGCUCUCGAACCGCAUUACACCAAUACGCACCAGAUUCUAUCGUACUGUCUAACUGAAUGGCCAUUCGAAUGGAAUAUAACGAAAAAUACACUUGACCAAAAUUAUACUUUCACUGAUCUUUAUGAUCGACACAUUACUAGUGAACAAUUGUACCUUUGGUCAGCUCCGAUGAACGUUAUUGAACGGUAUGAAUUCUAUUUUAACCAACGAUUAUUAUCGAAUGAAAUAUCACUCGCUGAAAUGGAUGUGUUUUAUAAUUGCACGUCACCAAGAUUUGGUCCACAAUGUCAAUAUUCAUUAGAUAUCAGUCAACCUUCGCAUCUGCCGUUGACUACAAUCGUUCAACAGUUUUAUAAAGAGAAUUAUGAACCAUCAACAUUAACAUGUUACCAAUAUAUCGAAUGUGAUCUUGGCUCGGCAUCAAUAUGCCUUAGUUGGCAUCAGAUAUGUGAUGGACACGUCCACUGUUUAAACGGAAUCGAUGAAGAACAUUGCUGGAAACUGAGAGUUGAAAAAUGUCGAGAAAAUGAAUACCGCUGUCGAAACGGACAGUGUAUUCCUCAAGAAUUUUAUCAAGAUAGUAAAUUUGCUCUUGAAUGUUUGGAUCAAUCAGAUCAGAUGUUUGUAACACAAUCAAUACUGCAUUCGUUUGACAGUUAUGAGCCAAUAUUUAUCAAUGAAGAUGUACAAAUUACAAGAUCUAAUCGAUUAAUGGCGCAUUCAUUAAGCUAUUCAUCGGGCGUCGGACGUUCGUACUUGUUGGAUAGGUUCAUGUCUUCGAUGAACGUAACUUCAGUAAGCAAUGAUUGCUGGAUGGCGUUUCAGUGUCGACUGGAAUUAAAAUGUCAAAGUCGAAUGAAUAUAACAUGUCCAGAUAUGUUUUUCAUACCGAAUGCCCCUGUUGCUUUUGGUCACAUAUAUUUCGCUUAUCGAAGAGAUUUUGUCGAUACUAACUUGAGACCACACUAUAUCUGUUACAACGAUCGAUUCUGUUACGCAUUCUUCGAUAGCAUAACAUCAUUGAUAUUCAAUAAUCUCACGUGUCGAAAGCCAGAUAAUUGGCCUGGUUUAUUUAACGGAGAUGGGCCAAAUUCUAGUUUAUGGUUCUAUGUCGCGAGGGUGGAAAGUCAAUUAUCUCGAUGCAACACAAUUCUUUACAAUGACUCCACGGCUUGUAAUCAAUCCAUCAUGUACCAAUGUCUUCAAUCAUUGAAGUGCAUUUUUCUGGAUCAAUUGUGCGAUGGUAUCAUUGAUUGCAAUCUUGAAGACGAUGAAAAAUGUUCAUUGGUGAAUGGAACUUGCGAAGUGAUGGACUCCGAUGCACUUAUUCGAUGUCAAUCAACCAAACGAUGUAUAUCAACAUAUCUUGUUAAGUACAACGCGUGUGACGACGUAUCGAAAGGAUCGAAAGUUCUGGCUAAUCAAAUACCAUUUUCCGUAAUUUGCAAUGGUUAUACGCAAUUUGAUCCUAUGCUGAUCGAUGGCCAAAAUGAAACGGAUGAAACCAAUUGUCACGAUUGGCCAUGUAAUAAUAUUUACACAAGAUGUGACCAGCGGUGGAAUUGUAUGAAUGGCGCAGAUGAGUUAAACUGUAAUUUUAACAAACCACUUCAGUGUCCGCGCGAUCAUCAUCUAUGCGUUUCAGUGACAAAUUAUACAUUCAUGUGUUUGUCGAUUGAGAAAGCGAAUGAUGGCAAAAUUGAUUGUGUUGGUGCAACUGACGAGCCAAGUCUAUGUCGAUCAACACUGUAUAGAUCUGACAAGAACUUCUAUUGUAAUGAUGGUGUCAAAGAUCCGUGUAUAUUGUCUACAGAAUUAUGUUCGAACAAACAUCGAUGUACGCUGGAUGGUGAUGCACGACUUUGUUAUCCGACUGAAGAGUUUACAGGAACUGAUAGCGUCUGUGAAGGAAAAUAUUCUUUGAUUCGUACUGGUAUUCAAUUUUUCUUUUGUGAACAAAUGCCGGCACUGACUAAUGCACCAAAUGAUGCAUUGUUCAUACUAAAUACUAAGUCUUUUCAAACGCCCAUCGAGAUUGUACAACGUUGCCAUCGUGGAUUACCCUUACGUAUCUGGCUAGAUAGUGAGAAUGCUGUUUCUAGAGAAGCAUGUCUCUGUCCUCCAAGUUCGUAUGGAAAGAGUUGUCAAUAUGAUAACAAACGCGUUAGUUUAACCGUCCAGUUUUCUUCCUAUUCGAAUUCCCGGCGUACACUUUUUGCUAUUCUUGUCUCUCUUAUUGAUGAUGAUAGUCAUGAACGACGAAUUUAUUCUUAUCAACAGCACACGUAUCUCUAUUUACGAGAUUGCUCGAAGAAAUUUAACAUCUAUUUACUUUAUCCAACACGACCAAAGCAUCCAUCGAUGAACUAUUCCGUGCAUAUUGAUGUCUUCGAGAAAAUUUCACUUAUCUAUCGAGGAAGUUUUCGCCUACCAAUCAAAUAUCAUUUCUUACCUGUCAACCGUAUUGCUGUUCAGUUAACGAUUCCAGGGCGAAAGAAUAGUUUAGACGAAUGCUUUGAUUCCGCAUGUCAGCAUGGUCAAUGUGUGAAAUAUACUGCUAAUUCCCAUGAUUCAACAACCUUUUGUCUCUGUCAUGAAGGUUGGUAUGGAAGAGAUUGUUCGAUACCUCAUAGUUGUCAAUGUUCAUCGGGUUCAUUCUGUAUUGGUGUCGCCGCAAAUAACAAGUCUGUUUGUAUUUGUUCAAUAAAUCAAUGGGGUUCACGAUGUUUACUACGAAGUAAUCCAUGUCAAGCUAAUAAAAAUGAACCAUGCCUUCAUGGCGGUCGAUGUGUACCCAUCGAUGAGCAAGUACAACGUAGUGAUACAUAUUUUUGUAUUUGUCGCAAAGGCUUCUAUGGAAAACAAUGUGAACAUACGCAAAAGAACAUCACGUUAUCAUUUCAUCGAGAUAUUUCUUUACCUCAGUCAAUCGUCGUCCAUUUCGUUGAUGCGACCAGAGGUUCAAUCAAUCCGACUAGUAUUGGUUCUAUCCUCCAGAAAGUUUCGCUCUAUCAACGAGCAAUAACUAUCUAUUGGUCGAACUCGUAUCAUAUCGCCUUUGUUGAACUUAUCGGCAAUUAUUACUUAGUAACUGUUCAAUCGAAAUAUAACAAGUCCGCAAAUUACGAUUCACUUAUUACUCCAACCGACCGCUGUCCACAUAUAACCGAAUUGAAUCAAACUCUUCGUCAUUUACAUCCACUUAAUCGUAUGAAACAUUAUCAAAAUCCCUGCCGUGAAAACGCACCCUCAUUGAAAUGUUUUUACGACGAUCAGUAUUUCUGUUUAUGUUAUAAUUAUAACCAACAAAGUUUAAGUAAUUGCUUUAACUUUUACAAUCAAGUCCAUCAUACUUGUAAUGGAUUCAGUGAAUGUGAAAAUAAUGGACGAUGCAUUCAAGAUAAAUCAACAUGUCCUCAACUGUCGGUAUGUGUUUGUCCGAAAUGUUUCUUUGGAACGCGAUGCCAGUUUAAUUCACAUUUAUUUGGUUUAUCGCUUGAUGCUAUUCUGGGUUAUCAUAUUCAACCUAACACAAAGGUGUCUGAUCAGCCCACAAUUGUCAUCUUUAGUCUGAUUAUUGCAAUCAUUAUAGAUAUCGUUGGUAUAUUAAAUGGUAUUUUAUCUGUAGCAACAUUUAAAAACAAAGAAUCGGAUAAAGUUGGCUGUGAUUUGUAUUUAAUUGGAUCAUCAGUAGCAACAUUAUGUGUCAUGAUUGUAUUUAUACUGAAGUUUAACAUUUUGUUAAUUUCGCAAUUUCAGUUGAUUACAAAUGAACUAUUUUUAAAGAUUCAAUGUUACUCUCUGGAUUUUCUCUUGAAUGUGAGUAUAAAUAUGCAUCAGUAUUUGAACGCAUGUGCCGCGUGUGAUCGAUCUUAUACGGUGAUGAAAGGAGUUAGUUUUGAUAAGAGAAAAAGUCGACGAAUGGUUAAAUAUGUCAUAAUUUUUCUUGUGAUCGGAACAAUGUCAACACUUGUUCAUGAUCCCAUUCAUCGCCGACUGUUAUUUGAAAAUUAUGAUAGCGAUGAUGAGGAUGAAGAAAAGCGGAUUUGGUGCACGGUUACUUAUUCUUCUCAACUUCAGAAAUAUAAUUCUGCGAUUAACAUCAUUCAUUAUUCGGUUCCGUUUCUCAUCAAUUUGACUUCAGCUCUGAUUAUUAUCAUCGAAACUACUCGGCAACGAUUCAAAACUCAAAAACAACAUCAGAAAGUAACUUAUCAAAAAGUUUUACAACAACAAUAUCAUCAACAUAAAAAUUUACUUGUCGCACCAGUAAUAUUAGUUCUUCUAGCAUUACCGCGUCUAGCUUUGUCACUUCUAUCAAACUGUAUGACGACAAGUGAAAAUCCAUGGUUGCCAUUAAUCGGCUAUUUCAUUUCGUUCAUUCCAACAAUGAUCACUCUUCUCAUAUUUGUUGUUCCGUCGAAACUCUAUCGAAAACAGUAUAAGAAAUCGAUAAAAAGCGUUCGAAAUGCAUUCAAAAUAUCACUUCUUUGGGGAGUAAGAGCAGUCUGA